GACGGCGCGUUACGCAGCGCGGCGGUUGGGGCGGCCGUCGGCGGAGCGUUCGGGGACCGGGAGGUGCCGGCUGGGCCCGGCAGGAGCGGCCCGUGCUCGGGAAUAGCGGCAAUAGCGGCCUUCAACAGCUGGGACAGCAUCGGGGACCUGCUGUAGGUUGGGGGAGCGGCUUUAGUCGGCUGGUGCUUCGACUCAUCAUGUCAGAGGGCGAGGCCAAACAGGCGCCGAGCGGCGGCUCCGACCCGAAACCGGAAUCCGCUUCGUCAGGACCGGGGAUGACCUCGGUGUCUGCUCCCGUGACUUCCUCGGCGCCCCCGGAGGAGGAGGAGGAAGAGGAAGAGAGUGAAGACGAGUCCGAGAUCCUCGAGGAAUCCCCAUGCGGCCGAUGGCAGAAGCGGCGUGAGGAGGUGAAUCAACGCAAUGUGCCAGGCAUUGAUAGUGCCUACCUGGCUAUGGAUACAGAAGAAGGUGUGGAAGUUGUUUGGAAUGAGGUUCAGUUUUCUGAGCGGAAGAACUUUAAACUUCAGGAGGAGAAAGUUAAAGCAGUGUUUGACAACUUAAUUCAGUUGGAACAUCUGAACAUCGUAAAGUUUCACAAAUACUGGGCUGACGUGAAGGAGAAUAAAGCCAGAGUGAUCUUCAUCACUGAAUAUAUGUCUUCAGGGAGCUUGAAACAGUUUCUGAAGAAGACAAAGAAAAACCACAAAACUAUGAAUGAAAAGGCCUGGAAGCGAUGGUGUACCCAGAUCCUUUCUGCUCUCAGCUACCUCCAUUCCUGUGACCCUCCAAUCAUCCACGGCAACCUGACCUGUGACACUAUCUUCAUUCAGCACAACGGAUUGAUCAAAAUUGGGUCAGUCUUUCAUAGGAUAUUUGCUAAUGUGGCACCAGACACGAUAAACAACCACGUGAAGACGUGUCGGGAGGAACAGAAGAACCUGCACUUCUUUGCUCCGGAAUAUGGAGAAGUUGCCAAUGUUACCACUGCUGUGGAUAUUUAUUCCUUUGGGAUGUGUGCCCUGGAGAUGGCCGUGCUGGAAAUACAGGGUAAUGGAGAGUCAUCUUACGUGCCCCAGGAGGCUAUUAACAGUGCCAUCCAGCUGCUGGAGGACCCCUUGCAGAGGGAGUUCAUUCAGAAGUGUCUAGAACAGGACCCAGGCAAACGCCCUACGGCCCGGGAGCUCCUUUUCCAUCAGGCAUUGUUUGAGGUGCCAUCCCUAAAGCUGCUCGCCGCUCACUGCAUCGUUGGCCAUCAACAUAUGAUUCCUGAAAACGCAUUAGAAGAAAUGACCAAAAACCUCGACAUGAGUGCAGUGCUGGCAGAGAUCAACCACGCCGAUAGGGAAGGAGUCAAAAUGAUCUUCUCCCAGUCUCCAGCACUGGAGCUGGACAAGUUCCUGGAGGACGUCAGGAAUGGUAUCUACCCACUCACGGCUUUUGGGAUGCCGCGACCUCAGCAGCCCCAGCAGGUGGUGGUGAAGUCUCCCAUUGCUCCACCAUCAGUAAAAACCCCAACUCCGGAGCCAGCGGAGGUGGAAACCCGCAAGGUGGUGCUGAUGCAGUGCAACAUCGAGUCAGUAGAGGAGGGAGUGAAGCAUCAUUUAACACUGCUGCUGAAACUGGAAGACAAGUUGAAUCGACACUUGAGUUGUGACCUGCAGCCCAAUGAUAAUAUCCAGGAACUGGCAGCUGAAUUGGUCCAGCUUGGAUUCAUCAGUGAGGCUGACCAGAGCAGACUUACCUGUUUACUUGAAGAGGCGUUCAGCAAGUUCUACUACACCCGGAACGGGGCUCUGACGGCAGUGACGGUGUCAUCGUAGCAUCCCUUGGCUCCAGGGCGGCCGGUGCAGCUUUGUUGCCUGUCACCCCUUGUGUGUCUGUCCAUCACCAUAGGGCAUCAACAAGCCCCCAGCUGCAGUGCUUGGAAGCUCGUCCUGCAUGUGCUGUGGCUGGGCCCAGCAGCUCAUCCCUGCCCGCCUAUUAAAGGGGACUUUGCGCAUCAGUA